AUGACUGUACACUCGCCCACCGCGGCGCAGGCGCGUCACUUUCGCCCCGUUCGCUACCAGACCAAGGAGGAGAUCGACCGCUUCUUCGGAACCACUCCCGUGCAGAAGCGCGAACAGCGUCUUCGCGUGCGCGAGGCCGACGGCCACGUCUACUUUGACUGGAUCGAGAAGGACGAGUGGCAGCAUCUGCUCGCAACAGGCUCUCUCACCAGCCCCUCCUCCGCAGAUGCACGCAGGCGGAGCAGCACAGCUACCUGCCUCACGCUCAACUCGCCCCUCACCCCGCUCAGUCCAGCACGCCGCGACUCGGCAGCACCCGGCUCGGCAUCGCUCAGUCCACUCGUGGUGACCUUCAACCACGUCGCCAUCGACUCGACGGACAGCAUGCGCAACCGCAGGCGUAGGAAGCGGAGCGACAGCGAUGUCGCUAUGGCGAGUAACAGAGUGGACAACUUCUUGCCCUACGCUGCACGUGGAGAGCGCAGCUUCGACUGGGCACCCUCGCCUGCUUUCAAGCGCCGCCAAAGCGACUCGUAUGAUCCUCUCGACACGCUCGAUGCGGCCUUCAACCGCGAGGCAGAGGCCGAGAGCCAGCAUGAUGGUAACAAGAUUCGCAUCAAGCGUCUCCCGCUCGAGCACCGCCGUCUCGACCAACACACGCUCGAUCAGGCCUUUGCCGUGCACGAUCCACUGCUCGACCUUGCGCCGGAUGCAUCCCUCGCAGGAUCACGCGCGCACAAGCCGCCGACGCUCUUGCUUCCCGAUCCGUUCCGGGCCCACGCUCAGCUCGAACAUGACGACGCCUGCAGCACUGCAAGCAGUCUGCCGUGCAGCCCCAACCCGAGCGAGUACGCGUACAGCACGUUUGAUGUCGGCAGCCACGAGCCAAGGCGCGGUACGUUCGGCGCGCUGGAGCCGCCGCCGCGCACACCGGUGCAGCUGGUGGCGGCACCACCUCGACGCAUGCGACACCACAGUGAUACCGCUGCUACACCACCAUCGUCGGCAGCCAUGGAGGUGCUCAACAGUCCAGCGUUGGCAUCGCCCAAGCCACAGCGUACGCUUCGGCACGCGGUCUCGUUUGACGAUGCACCGCGGCUGCCUCCGCUACCCGUGCAGGAAGCAGGCGUGUGGGCGCAGCGCCAACGCUGGCAUUCGGCGGGCAACGAGUCCAAGCUGCGUGCCGAACGCUCUUGCGCCUCGUUGCGUAGCCAGCUCUCGCGUCGAACACGCACGUUGUCCGAGUCGGACGAUACGGCGUGUUUCACGCCCCUCGCCCCACGUACCGGCGCCAAGAAGUUCGACCCCACGCGACACAUGAUCCUGUCGAGCCUCGAGCAUCUUUCUGACGCCACCUCCUCUGUCGCCGAGGCGCCACGUAUCGAGUCGGAAGCGGAACCAGCAAAGGCAAAGGUGGGGACGGGUCUGCGAACGGGCGCGCACGUGUACGAUGGCGUCGACAUCCCCUGUGCCUCGAUCCACCUUCACUCGGAUCCCGAAGACAACUUUGCGCCCGCCAUCGCGCUCUCGCUGUCGGCACACAAACUGCGCAAGCUGCGCAAGAAGCACUCGACCCCGCCACCCGACUCGCCCACCCACUCGCGCUCCGCCUCGCUCGCCUCGCACCCCAAGGGAAGCUCGCGCUGGUGGAACCACAUUCUGCACGCCUGA